CAUCGCCCCUAGAAGAGCCUGAGGUUGAGUACUCCCUAGUCAUUACAAUGUGCCAUGCCAUGCCAUCCAGUUCGAAGGCGUGUCUAAACCACCCAAGUUUCGCCAAGCCUCAUCCCAUUGGCACCCGUUCACUAGACUCCGCGCGCCGAAGGCAAGAUAAACCUACGACCUGAAUCGUUCAGCAGCACCAGCACUGGGUGUCGCCAUUGCGCGUCGCCCAGCCUAGGCGAGGUAGGUGAUGGGCAAGAACAAUCCAUACACUCUCUCCUAUGUCUGCGAUUCGUUGCGUUCGUCCUGCUUCUUCUUUCCUGCCACGCGAAUGUGCUCAAGAUGGACGGACCCAUCACAAAAGCCAAUGACACGCUCGACCCGUUGACUGACGAGGAAAUUACUUCUUUCUUCAACGAUUUGGACACCGACAAGGACGGCUAUGUCACCUUCGCAGAGAUCGAAGCAAAGCUACACCAAGUCCAUGAAGAACUAGCACCCGAGCCAAAGCGACACCAUCUCAACCACCCUUCGCGACGAGAUGUCGAGAAGGGUGAAGAAGACUGUCACCCCGGCAACGGCUUACAUGCCUUCCUCUGCGCGCUAAUGCCGGACUGCGGCGCGAAGGUCGAUCGCCACGCUUUCGCCGCUCGUGUAAAGGCGUGGGAAGUACCGAGCCAACGCCAGACCGCCACCGAUGACCAUAAUAGCGACGGAGAUGCCACCCAAUUGCGCCAGAUGCCUAGGCGUCGACACAUUCGGGCGUACUUGGCCGUUCAUGGGCCGCGCUUGUGCUUUCUGGCGUUCGUGAUCGCGCUGCAGCUCGCUUUCGGUCUGUGGCAGCUGAUCUCCUACCUCCUGAACAUGGAAGUGCGGGCUGCGCUAGGCUGGGGCGUGGUUAUUGCCAAAGUCUGCGCCGGCGUGCUGUAUCCGACCCUGUUCUUCAUGCUACUCAGCAUGAGCCGGCACUUUGCGACGCUUCUACGUCGCAGCUACUGGGUUAGUCGGUUUGUUGACUGGGACCGGAGUCAGUCGUUCCAUAUCAAGAUGAGUCUCGUAGGCUUGUUCUUCGCCAGCUUGCACGCUAUUGGGCACUUGACGGGGAGCUUUCUGACUGGCUCUCGGCCAUCACGACAACAGGCUGUAGCACAGAUACUGGGGCCAGAUGCUGUUCCCAGACCAUACGUAGCUUACGUUCGCAGUCUGCCCGGCUGGUCCGGGAUUGUAGCGCUUGGGUUGUUCUGGACGAUCACGCUACUUAGCAUGCCUGUAAUUCGCAAGCGCAUGUACGAGAUCUUCCAGAUGGGACACCUGCUUAUGUUCCCCAUGAUCGGCUUACUCUGCGCUCACGGGACGGCGGCGUUACUGCAAGCCCCUAUGCUGGGCUACUGGCUGGCGUUUCCGACACUCUUGGUCCUUGGCGAGCGACUGCACAGACUCAUUAGAGGCUUCAUGCGGGUACCGGCUCGAGUCAGGAUGCUUGACGACCACACCGUGCUAGUAACGUGCAGACAUCCGCGUGGUCGCGAUUGGCGGUACUCUGCUGGCCAGUACAUCUUGUUGCAAGUACCGCAGGUAUCCGUAUUCCAGUGGCAUCCGUUCACGAUCUCAUCCUGUCAAGGCGAUGAGUUGCAGGUCCAUAUCAAACUUGAUGGCGACUGGACCAAUGCCCUCAGCGAUGUUCUGCCCGAGAACGAAGACAUAUGCGUCGGCGCAGAUGGACCCUUUGGCGCACCAGCUCAGCGCUUCUACGAUUACGAUUAUGCAAUCGUGGUGGGUGGUGGGAUCGGCAUCACGCCCUUCGCUGCCAUCCUGACCGAUCUAGAACAGCACGAGGAUGAGCGUCGUGAUCCUUGGGCAGAGCGCCGCCGGUCACGCUCACUAUCAAGGCGCCGCUCGCAAGCAGGUGAAUCCGACACCAUCAAAGCGAAGGACUCACAAGACACCACCCCCUCCGAUCAACGGACUUCGCGCCGCAGAGUGGACUUCCACUGGACGGUCCGCGAAAAGAACAACCUCCUUUGGUUCUCCGACCUCCUCAACCGCGCCAUUGAUGGCGCGCAGCCACAAGAAGACACCAAAGACAUACUCGAGCUCCACAUUAACACCCACAUCACCGCCAAGCGCAAGAACAUUUCCACGCACAUCUUCCGUUACUUGCUCGACAGCUACAGAACGGAUGCUGCGCCGUACUCAGCGUUGACUGGGCUUAAGCAACCGUCACAUUUCGGGCGACCAGACUUCGACAAGAUACUUGAUAAGCAUUUUGAUGAGAUGGUUGCUAGCGGGACACAGGAGAGGAGAGUUGUUGUGUUUUACUGCGGUGCGCCAGUCGUGGGCGAGAUACUGUCGGAUAAGUGCCAUAGCCUUACCACAAGGGCGCGCCAUAUGGGGCUGCGGAUUCGGUAUGACUUCUUGAUGGAAGUUUUUGGUUAGCGUUCCCUAUAGCAUUGUGCAUACGAGACCAUCAACGCCUGUGAGGGCUGGCUCCAGUCAUACGUAGUCACUGUGGCGAGGCGAUGUCUUUGGUCAAGUGAUCGGUCUUCCAUCUUCUGUUCGAG